AUGCUACGAUCAACCACAAUUACUCGUUCGUUCCAUAGCUCUAGGACCUGGUUGAGGGGUCAGAACCUAACUGAAAAAAUUGUUCAAUCCUAUGCGGUCAACCUUCCUGAAGGCAAAGUUGUGCAUUCCGGUGACUAUGUAUCGAUCAAACCGGCACACUGUAUGUCCCACGAUAAUUCGUGGCCCGUAGCCUUGAAAUUCAUGGGACUUGGCGCUACCAAGAUCAAAAAUCCUUCACAAAUUGUGAACACGCUGGACCACGAUAUCCAGAAUAAAUCAGAGAAAAAUUUGACCAAGUACAAGAACAUUGAAAACUUCGCCAAGAAACAUCAUAUAGACCACUACCCUGCUGGUAGAGGUAUCGGUCAUCAAAUCAUGAUUGAGGAGGGCUAUGCCUUCCCCUUGAACAUGACGGUCGCAUCUGACUCGCAUUCAAACACCUACGGUGGUUUGGGGUCACUGGGGACCCCGAUAGUGAGAACAGACGCUGCAGCCAUAUGGGCCACGGGACAAACGUGGUGGCAGAUCCCACCAGUGGCUCAGGUGGAGUUGAAAGGCCAAUUGCCUCAGGGCGUCUCCGGAAAAGAUAUCAUUGUCGCAUUAUGUGGGCUUUUCAACAAUGACCAGGUUCUAAACCACGCCAUUGAAUUCACGGGUGACUCUUUGAAUGCAUUGCCUAUUGAUCACAGACUCACUAUAGCUAACAUGACCACCGAGUGGGGGGCACUUUCUGGUCUGUUCCCCGUAGACAAGACUUUAAUCGACUGGUAUAAGAACCGUUUGCAAAAGCUGGGCACCAAUAACCAUCCAAGAAUUAACCCAAAAACUAUCCGCGAACUGGAAGGAAAAGCGGAUAUUCUGAAAGCAGACAAGGAUGCACACUAUGCCAAAAAACUAGUUAUCGACCUUGCCACAUUAACUCACUACGUCUCGGGCCCCAACAGUGUCAAGGUUUCCAACACCGUACAAGACCUAUCUCAACAAGAUGUCAAGAUAAAUAAAGCUUAUCUGGUGUCUUGUACGAACUCCCGUCUUUCUGAUUUGCAAUCUGCAGCGGAAGUGGUUUGUCCCACUGGUGAUUUAAGCAAGGUCAACAAAGUAGCUCCUGGUGUAGAGUUCUAUGUGGCCGCUGCCUCUUCAGAAAUUGAAGCAGAUGCCCGUAAAUCAGGCGCCUGGGAAAAGCUACUAAAGGCCGGCUGUAUCCCACUACCUUCUGGCUGUGGUCCAUGCAUCGGUUUGGGUGCAGGUUUACUGGAACCAGGUGAAGUUGGUAUCAGUGCCACAAACAGAAACUUUAAAGGUAGAAUGGGCUCCAAGGAUGCGUUGGCUUACUUAGCUUCCCCUGCUGUGGUCGCCGCUUCUGCCAUAUUGGGUAAGAUCGCUUCUCCUGCUGAAGUGUUGUCUACGAGUGAAAUCCCAUUCAACGGUGUUAAGACUGAGAUAAUUGAGAACCCUGUGGCUGAAGAGGAAGUUAACACUGGAUCUGAGACUCCAAAGCAAUCCGUUGAGAUAUUAGAAGGUUUCCCAAAAGAGUUUUCUGGCGAAUUGGUUCUGUGUGAUGCCGAUAACAUCAACACCGACGGUAUAUAUCCAGGUAAGUACACUUACCAGGACGAUGUGCCUAAAGAAAAGAUGGCGCAAGUUUGUAUGGAAAAUUAUGACGCUGAAUUCAGAACAAAGGUUCAUCCAGGUGACAUAGUGAUCAGCGGGUUCAAUUUCGGUACCGGUUCCUCCAGGGAACAAGCAGCUACCGCAUUAUUGGCCAAGGGUAUCAACCUAGUUGUCUCAGGAUCCUUUGGUAAUAUUUUUUCAAGAAACUCCAUCAACAAUGCUCUUCUGACCUUGGAAAUCCCAGCAUUAAUCAAAAAAUUGCGUGAGAAAUAUCAAGGCGCUCCAAAGGAACUGACAAGAAGAACUGGUUGGUUUUUGAAAUGGGAUGUAGCUAAUGCUAAAGUGGUCGUUACCGAAGGUUCUUUGGACGGUCCUGUGAUCUUGGAGCAAAACGUGGGUGAGCUAGGUAAAAACCUGCAAGAAAUUAUUGUAAAAGGUGGCUUGGAAGGUUGGGUCAAAUCCCAACUAUAG